UCCCUUAGCUGGCAACACCUCCCACGGUCAAUGCUUUCCCAACCCAGCCAACUUAAAACAGCCCCCGGGCGAGCAGGAGGGGAGAGAGCAGAGCCUUGGCAGGAGCUGCUGGUGGAAGGAAGCUGCUGCACUUCGCAAUUCCACAGAGGCUCCUGGAAACUCCUAUAUCCCGGGGACCGUAGUGGCUUGUAAAAGGAAAAGAGAAAGGAGACCUGGAAGCUCCGGAGUGUCCAAGUCGCAGCACCACCCCCGGGGACACCUGUUCCUCUCCCUCCACCCCACUCUCCACCCCUUCCGACCCUGCGCCACCCGGCGCGCCCAGGCACGCAAUGAAUCCAGUGCUGGGCAACCAGACUGAAGCGGCCGGGCUCUUCUUGGCCAACAGUAGUGACUCUCUGGAGCGGGUCCUGCGUUGCUGUACCCAGGCGUCCGUGGUGACAGACGAUGGCUUUGGGGAGAGCGGCCAGGACGAACGGAGUCUGUACAUUAUGCGAGUGGUACAGAUAGCGGUUAUGUGCGUCCUGUCGCUCACCGUUGUCUUUGGCAUCUUCUUCCUCGGCUGCAACCUGCUCAUCAAGUCGGAGGGUAUGAUCAACUUCCUGGUGAAGGAUAGGCGACCCUCCAAGGAGGUGGAGGCGGUGGUGGUGGGACCUUACUGACCACCUUCCACUCCUUCGCCACAGCUUGUUUCCCCCUAUCCCCGUCCUACCCACCUUGCCAAACCCAACUGCGCCUCUCAACCAUCUGAGAUCUGGCGAAAGAAACUUAUUGGAGUGAUCGCCUCCUAAUAAUUCUUCGGCUGCUGCUUCGGUCACCGUCUCUUCUACUUAAGGGAUGAAGCGAUCUAUUAGUCUCGCUCGGUUCUUUGAACGCCUCCCACCCUAAGAAGAAACCUCACCAACCUCUGUGCACUUCUGGGAUAGUCCAGCAAAAAGUUUUACUCCUCUCAUCUCUAUCCUGGAAGAAUUAGACAGAAAAAUAAUCUUAAAAGUAAUAAACCAUGGAAAUAGUAAAAACACAACUGGCUGAGGACUUAAUCACUCUGAGGAAACUUUCUGGCUCUCUUCUUCUAAACUCAUAUUGGGUAAGCAUUGUUUAUCUCAUUUCUGUAGCCUUGUUUUCUUUGGAUAGCAUGAAGAUCUCACCUGAUAUUCUCUUAUGGCCAGGGUCCAUUCUCUCUAUAGCCAGAACUGUGGCAAGAGACCGUAGGGGAUGGUUCUAAUUUCUUGUCCCCAGGUAGGACUCCAAGCAGGCUUUAAUGCUAGUAGGCUAAGCAGGAGAUGGCUGGGCUGGGUCUCCACCGUUCUCCCUGAUUUUUGACUGGAUUGUAACCUGUAAUCUCCCCUCUCCCCCAGUUAAUAUAUAUGCUGCACUCAUCGUUUUCUUCCUUCUAGACUAAGUUUCCCUUGGGUAACCUGUACUGGGGCAUGCUAUUGUAUGAAUACUUGCAUAUUGGUCUGUUUCCUAGUAGUGUCUAGGCCCGAAUGUCUCCUACAACAUAAAUAAAAAUAGUCACCUCGUGAUUGCUUGAAAAACCUUAAUAAGGAGCAACCUAUUAACUCCUGAGCUAACACAUUAACUCUCAAGCUAACCCAUCCCA